AUGUCGACUACAGAAACAAAUACGAAUACUGACAAUACACAAGACCCAGUAGAAACAGACCUUAUACGCAUGUUUAGGGAGAUGCAGACAAAUUUAAUGUCGCAGUUUGCAGCUCAAGUUGUAGAAAAUGUUGCAGCACAAAUGCAAGCUCACACAGAAAAUGUUGCAGCUCAGAUAGGUACUGUUAACACGCGAGUAGAAAAUGUUGCAGCACAAAUGCAAGCUCACACAGAAAAUGUUGCAGCUCAGAUAGGUACUGUUAACACACGAGUAGAAAAUGUUGCAGCCCAAAUGCAAGCUCACACAGACAAUGUCACAGCGCAGAUAAACGCUGUCACUACCCAGAUAGCCAGUGUAACGACACAAAUGGACAAAAUAGACAAUGACGUGAAGAACCUGACCGACAUGCAAAAUAAUCUGACGACUCAACUGACCCAGUUAAAAAGAGAGGUAGCAGAUCAAGUGAUAGAGGUAGUACGCGAAGAUUUAAAUUACAUGAGCCAAGACAUUGAUAACUUAAAGUCCACAGUUAAGGAUAUGCCAGAACACAUCCGUACCUUAACCGAAAAUUUUGAAGCUAUGAGUUUUCAACACACCGAGCUUAGUGUCAAAAUGCAGGAGGCUGUAGACAAAGUUGAUGACAUGACGAAACAACAAAAGCAGCAGUUUUACGAAUUUUUAGAGGAAAAAGACAAACAUAUCAACCAUACAUUAGAAACAGAACUGAAAAAAGCAAUAACUAACACUGUAGAACAGGUGUACACUACCCAAAACAUGCCUGUAACUAAACUUCAAACUGACCUAGCUCAGUUACAAAAGACUCUGACACAGGACUUACCUGACGAAAAAACAUGUAGACGAGCAACUAAAGAGUAA